CCAGUUGUUGAUAAAGUUGAUGUGGACAAUACUAAUUUAGAAAAUGCUGAUGUGAAAAAAGCUUUUGUAGUUGAAGCUACUAAAGCCGAAGCUGAUACAGACGAUUUUGAAGCUAGUAUAAAUGGUGUUGGUUUGGAUGAAGUUAAUGUUCUGUAUUUAUUAGAUAUUACAUCUUGGUCAUCUAAUUGUUUAGA